AUGCCGCUACGACUUAUGCAUAGCAAGAAAAGCCAAGGAAGGUUCAGUCUUAACCCGUGGGGGAGAAAGAAAUCGACGGGCAAGUUCCGUUCUUUCUUCAGUCCGUUUCGACGCCAUGGCAGUCGGAACCGUGUGCGAGACGCGGGCAGUGCUGGUAUUUCAACUACUGUUAGUGCCAGUACUAGUCGAGAGACUGGUAGUGGUUCGUCUCUGGAACUAUCAUCGUCUCGAUCCUUUUCCUCGGUGCUUCGCAAUCGCACCAAAUCGAGUUUGGAAUUGGCUGUGGAACACGACGACUUUUCGCCGGAAGAAUUGGACGAUUCGCUUUACUUGUUUGAACGAGACGGACACUUGCAUCCCAGUUUCAAGGCAUCCGGUCCGACCAUGAUUCUCGAUCUUCCUCAAGCCACAUUAUUGGGCCGUAUUUUACCGCAUGUGACCAUGAUGGAAAUUCAGCCUCAAUGUUACACACCAGCAGGACUAAAGAGACUUUUAGAAAUUUUGCAAGACAAGCAUGCCACACGUCAUUUGUUCGAGUUGCGACUCUUGCAAUUACCCAGUGACUGGAUUGCCGCCAACACGGAUCUAUUUGCUCAAACUCUAAAGGCACUACUCACCAAAGAAAAACCACUCUAUCCACUCAAAAUUCUCAAAUUAUCCCUCCGUCAACCGGAUUGCAAUGCCAAUCAUCCCACACCCAUUAUAACAACACAAGAUGAUGAUGAUGCCAUUUGUUUCCACACCAUUCAACAAGCAUUUGCGCAGCAAUCAUCGCAAUCUCCUCAACAUCAGCACACGUCGUCGUUGACGGAACUCGAAUUGGAAGAUUUUUAUGUUCCCUCCAAUUGCUUUCUCGACUUACUCGCCAAUGCUGGCAAUCCAUCCCUGUUGCGCAUUCGACGAUUCCGUAUUACCAGUCCUGAUGACAAUGACAAUGACAAUGACACAACAUCCAUGCAAAAUUGGCAAGAGGCGUCCCUUCAAAGACUGGCACUGACGGGAUGUGCCAUUGCCUCGGAUUGUGUGACGAACGUACUCGAUGGCAUUGGGGCACUCCCCGAACUCGAGCACUUGACACUCAGUGCCUGGAAACACGUCGAUCACAACACGGAAUCCGCCAUGUUGACGCUGGGCGGAUACAAUUACGAAAGCAUGGAAAUUAGUCGUGUUGUGAUUCCCCUCUUGCAACGCAACAAGAUUGCUUCCAUUUCUUCCGCGACGGCAUAUGUCAAUGUCGAAACGCUGGUGCCCGCCUUGCAACGCAAUCGGUCCCUUCAAAUUCUGGAACUAUUGGGGCGAGCGGGAAGUCCUAGUAAAAGUCGUACUUUGAGUAGAGGAGGACAGCCCGAUACUACAACGAAUGAGGAAGAUGCCUGUCUCUUGCAAAUUCUGCAAGAAGCCAACACGACACUCCAACAAGUUCCAAGAAUCACCAGUCCACUCGUCCAGUACUACGUGAGUCUUAAUGCAUCCGGCAGAACCCAAGCUCGAAGUGUCGACACGACACGAAGUGCCUUCGUAGAAGUGCUGGCCAAAGUCAAUGAGACCACCAAACACAACCGACACCAUUUCCAAACGCACGCUAUUCUCCAUGGACUCUUGAUGGAGAAUCCCAAUCUGUGGUCGGGCUACUAA